AUGUCCCCGCGCGAUGUGUGCGUCGUCGACGAGCUGUCGGAGACUGAGUUGGUGUCAGCAACAGCAAAACUGCGGGUCUUCCGAACACGGAAGGACAGCGCGUGGAUGCAGUCUGGGGCUGAAGACGCGAAGGCACUGAAAAGGGGCGAUACGACUGUUUUUAUCGAAACACUAGCACAUGAUGACAACGAGCUUUAUGGGGAGGAUCCACUUGACGAGUUCCUGGCAAAAUUUGAUGCUCCAACCUUAAAGCAGAUUCACGUGCUUGUGUUGGUCCCGCAGGAUGACGAUAAGCAAGGGCGAGCACGUAAGGAGGCCAGAGUAAUACAAUUACCGACUAGAAUCGCGAAGGAAGAUGUGAAGCUCAUUGCAGACCUAUUAGACAUCGACAAGUGA